ACACGGUGUCUCCUUGCUCUUCGCCUUCUUGAAGGAACCCUUCUUCCCUUUCCCCAAUAAACACCCAAAUCCAGUCUCUUCCAAUCUUUCUUCUCCCUUUCAAAAAUCAAAUCUCAACUUUUCCCAUUCUUCAAUCUGUUAUUCCCCCCCUUUCUCAGAAACCCUAAAAUUUCCCCUAAUUCAACGCCUCCACCGUUGAAUUCUUCCACCGCACCUUUCAUUAACACCAAUCUCAGCCAACACCUGAAUUUUUUUUUCAUCGAAUGGUUUUCAUGUAGCGUUGUUGGGUCUACAUGAGCUGAAUCUAUUGCUUGUUUGUUUGUAUGGCGAAGGGUACGGAUUCCAACGAGUUCAUGAUGCUUUCUAGGGUACGGACGGGUCUCAAGAGGGAAUUUGCAUUCGCCAUGAAGGCCCAAUCGGAGAUCGGUGGCGGUUCCUUGGGCCGCACCCGUGCCAGCAAGAACCAGAAUGUGCCUCCGGCUCAGCCCAGUCCCGCCAGAAAGCGCCAAAGGAAGUCAUGUUCCGUGGAGGAAGAGGCGCCGGCGACGAAGAAUGAAGUUCAAGAGGAGGUUGAUGGGUACACGGCAGAUGUGGCGGGUGUGGCGACAGCGAAGAUUGAUUCGGAGGAGGCUGGCGACGCCGUGAGCGAGGAGGAAGCGAAGAGCGACGUGGUGGAUAUCAACAGCGACGACGAGCCGAAGAAUAAUCAGGUUGGGGAAUCAUUGUUGGAGGAGAAGAAGAUAGAGGAGGGAGAGGUUGACGAACCAAAGGGUGAUAUGGUGCUGGAGACUGUGAUCAAUGAGGAACCCAUCAAUGAAGAAGAGCCUCGUGUGGUUGUGGAUGAAAUUGAGAAUAAAGAGGAGCAAGUUUCUCCUGAGGAUAAAAGUGCACCUUUGGAAAAACGUGCUUCUGGGGAACACGGUGCAGUUGGGAUAACAACACCACUUUUGGUUUGCAGUGACGAUGAUAAGGGGAAGAGAGUUGUAGCUGUGGAGAAGCCUAUGAGGAGGUUUACUAGGUCGGUAUUGAAGCAAAAAACUGAGAAUACCAAUAUGGUGAAUGAUGGGGAAGGUGAUGCUAUUGUUGUUAUAGGUGUUGGAGCUGCUGAUGAUAAUGUUCAGAAUGAAACUGAGGUUGUGACUGAAACUGAUGCUUCACCACAGUUCACAACUCCAACUCCAGCAAAGGGAUCAAGGAGGGGCAUGAAGAGGUUCCCUACCAAGCUGAAGGACCUUCUCGCCACCGGGAUUCUUGAGGGACUGCAAGUGAAGUAUGUCAGGGGAUUGAAGGCACGGAGGCCUGGAGAAGCAGGGCUUCAAGGAGUCAUUCGUGACUCGGGGGUUUUGUGCUAUUGUCCGGAUUGUAAAGGGAACAAGGUUGUCACACCCACUGUGUUUGAGCUGCAUGCUGGUAGUGCGAACAAACGACCUCCUGAGUAUAUGUACCUUGAGAAUGGGAAUACUCUCCGUGACAUCAUGAAUGCAUGCUGGAAUUUUCCUUUGGACACCAUGGAAGAAGCUGUCCAAAAGGUCCUUGGUGGUUUCACUUUGAAGAAGUCUAACAUCUGUUUUAAUUGCAGAGGUGGCAAUGGUUCAUCAAGACUACUACUAUGUGAUUCGUGCAUGGAGUUGAAAGACACUCAACCUAGCCAUCGUCAAACAAAAAGUGUUGAUCAAAAUACCGUGACUAGCACUAGAAGUGUUGCCCAAACUCCUAUGACUAGCACUAAAAGUGUUGGCCAAACUCCUCUGACUAGCACUAAAAGUGUUGCCCAAACUCCUGUGACUAGCACUAAAAUUGUUGCCCAAACUCCUGUGACUGGCAGUAAAACUGUUUCUCAAACCACCAUGACUAGCACUACAGUUGUUUCAUUUGCAGUUCAACCCAGAUCACCAGAACCACAAUCAGAACCAGAGCCAGUUGCAGUUCCAAAGUCCUUAAACAAUGGAAUGAAGCAUAGCACAUCUCAUGGCAGGAGCCAGGGAAGAAUUACUAGAAAGUAUGAAGACGUGCUGGCAGAUGGAACUGAACUAGCGUACUAUGCUCAUGGAGAGAAAAAGCUGGUAGGUUACAAGAAGGGAUAUGGAAUUUUUUGUACCUGCUGCAAAUCUGAGGUCAGUGCCUCUCAGUUUGAAGCCCAUGCUGGCUUGGCAUCUCGACGCAAGCCUUACUUGCACAUAUACACACCUGAUGGAGUUUCACUCCAUGAUUUGUCCAUCUCUUUAUCAAAAGAUCGGAGGUUUGCUAUCAGUGAAAAUGAUGACCUCUGCAGCAUUUGUGAAGAUGGAGGGGAUCUUUUGUGCUGUGAUGGAUGUCCAAGAGCUUUUCACAUAGAUUGUGUUCCUCUUCCAUGCAUUCCAACUGGUACUUGGUAUUGUAAAUAUUGUCAGAAUCUUUAUGGGGAGCAUAAUGUGAAUGCGCAAGCAAAAGACCGAAGAUGUGUACGUGUUGUCAAAACUAACAAGGUUGACCAUGGUGGAUGUGCCUUAUGCAGACUCUACUAUUUCAGUAAAAGUUUUGGUCCUCGGACAGUAAUCAUUUGUGAUCAGUGUGAAAAAGAAUAUCACGUUGGGUGCUUGAAGGAACAUAACAUACAAAACCUUGAGGAAUUACCUGAAGGGAAUUGGUUUUGUGGUACAAGUUGUGGUCAAAUUCAUUCUGCUCUUGUGAAUUUGGUGGCUAGUGGAGAGAAUAGCCUCCCAGAUUCCCUUUUAAGUUUGAUUAAAAGGAAACAUGAAGAGAAAGGUUUAGAUGCUGUGGAUGGUCUCGAUAUUAAAUGGAGGCUUCUGAACUGGAAGCGUGCUGCUUCUGUUGACACUAGAAAAUUGCUUUCAAAGGCUGUUGCCAUCUUCCAUGAGAGGUUUGAUCCUAUAGUCGAUUCUAGUUCUGGCCGUGAUUUUAUUCCAACCAUGCUAUUUGGAAGGAACAUCCGGGGUCAAGAUUUUGGUGGAAUGUACUGUGCGGUGCUUACUGUCAACCAAGUUGUUGUCUCUGCUGGCAUAUUUCGUGUCUUCGGGCUAGAAGUAGCAGAGCUUCCACUAGUGGCAACAGUAGCAGAUUUCCAAGGAAAGGGUUACUUUCAGUGCCUAUUUUCUUGCAUGGAGAGGCUGCUUGCAUCUCUGAAUGUGAAACACCUUGUUUUGCCCGCUGCUGAAGAAGCCGAAUCAAUAUGGACAAGUAAAUUUGGGUUUACAAAACUGGAACAAGAGGAGAUAAACAACUAUAAGAAAUUUUAUCGCAUGAUGAUCUUUCAAGGGACUUCAUUACUACAUAAGCCGGUUCCUAUGCCUGAACAGAACUAAUACUUUUUAGGUGCACUUUGUUGUAAAGUUUUAUUUGGGAGGUGCCUAUUUUACACAGGCCAUAUGUUUUUUUCUCUGGUUGGAGAGCGCACUCCUCUAUGUACAGGGAUAUGCGUUUUUGGUGUACAGAAAAACAAUCAGCUCUAGCUGUUAUAUUUUUUUGGUAGCAAAGAUAUCAAAGGAGGUUAGGUAAUAGAGGAAAACUAGGAUAAAAGGAUUUCUAAUAUCUUGCAAAAUUUUGGCAUUUCAUAUAUUCAUUUAUUAUUAUUCGCGA